GUUUGACCUUCAAGUGCUCGCAACCUGCUUAGCUGACCGAUACCCAUGAAGCGUUGCCCUAGUUGUUGAUGCGUUCGUAAGAGACGUCCCUUGAUUUUUAAAAUAAAAGACUUGGGAUGUGUUUGGAUGAUAAAGAUUCUGAGGAGUGGCUUCGUGUUUGCUCUCGUAAAACAAAGCGUAAACUCAAGGCUACACGACCAGUGGGACGUCCUGCUAUUCAGAAACCCAAUGUUACUUUAGAUUACAUGGAUGAUGACAGCCUGGAAACGGUUUCAGGUAGAUUUGAUGGUAUCCGGUCUAGUUUACUACUUUCGAAGCCAGACAGGAAUUUUCUGGAGGGUUUAUUAAAGUCUAUCAAUCAGGCGUUCACAAUUAUAUCAAAUAAACAGACUGAGCCAAGUAGGAUUGAUGUGGUUUGUUUAGGAUUGGGUAACCCGGCUGUCCAUCAUUCCAGUUUACGUCAGUUAGUUGUACUAGAUCUUCUGUUGCAGUUUGAUCCACGUAUGGAGCGAUCACGUACUCACCUGUAUGAUCCUGUUUUCAAAUCUGUUGCUCGUGCUUUAAUAAGAAAGCUUGGAAUGCACAUUCUACCGAACAAUGAAGAAGGUUGUUAUAAAUUAUCACCUGAUCGUUUUUAUUUCGUUAUGCUACCACAUUGCGCUCCAGCUCUUCUAAAUAAUUUACUAUUUACCAAUUGGUCGCCUAGUAUACUUUCCCGUGUGGUACUGUUCUCUAAUGGAUGGAAAGAGGCUCGCCAGGAGUUAAUUGCUUCAGGUGCUUCAGAUAGUCUAAAGAUUGCUAAGGAACUAGCUUAUAUUACUGCCUUGGAGUCAGUGGUUCAAAGUCCUGGCAAAGAAUAUUAUCUACUUUGGUCUUCAAGAAAUAAAGUCAAGGAAUACAGAGAUUUUGAGGGUAUGCGUGUGCAAUGUUUUUCUCCUGUUGAAAUGGAUAGUUUACCAAAGAGUGUAUGGAAUAUACCUCCUUAUUCUGAAAAAACAGAUAAGGAAAUAUCCUGUUCUAGUAAAUUAACACAAUGUAGUGAAAUUUUUUCCGAUAUAAUUGAUGCUAAUGUUGUACCAAAUUUUAUCGAUUCCAACACUGAUGGCUAAGGAUAAUUUGUUUAAAAACCGGUUAAUAUAAUUCCCAAAAUUAGUAAUGGUAUUAUCUUUCACUUUUUUCCUAAUGAUCUUCAGACUCAUGAGGUAAAUCCAUCUUCAUUUGCUGUUUAUUUAUGUACAUUGAUUUUUCACUACAUUCCCAUAGUACGCUUAAUUACUGUACAUAUUUUAGUCUUUUUUGUAAAUCGAAUAUUAUUCUCCAUAGUGAGUGAACACGAUCACUUAUUUUGUAGUUUUAAUUUGAAUUUCAACUUUAAUUACUAAUUUGAGUGAUUUUUUUUCUUUUUGAGAGUUAAAAUAUACCUGUUUUGCCAUUGCAAAAAAAGUGAGGACUGAUUGCCUAAAAAUAUUUGUUUUUUUGCAAGACUAGCUAAUAAAGCUGUACAUUCGUAUUAAUAGUUAUUUGGCAAGUAAAGUUUUUAUUUAUUUUAGCACAACAUCGGUACAAGAAGGCACCAAAUA